UUAAUAACUUGUACUUGCAGUUACUUUGACCACGCCGGCAGUUCCCGCUCCGUGGUGAGUGCAACUACAGCCAGCUCCAAGUAUUCUAUAGUAAGAGAUUCCCCGGUCAUUAAGUCAUACCAUCAUCCUUCCUCUUUCCCAAGCCAGCCACCUCUUUUACUCUUCCUUCUUCCUGCUUCCCUCCCUUCUUCCCUUCUUUCUCCUCCUCUCUCCUCCCUCCUACCAACAUAUACCCAAACCAAUUGCUUCACCCUACCAUCCUAUACACCCCAAUUCCUCUCUCCUCCUAUCUAGAAUCACCACACAACCAAACACAAUGGUCCUCGCACGCCCCCAGUUCCUCCGCGCCUCCGCCCGAGCCCUGGGCACCGUGCGACGACAGAUGCCCACCCAGCAAUCCGCCCGUCGAACAUACGCCCAAGCCGCCGAAACAAGCAACAAGCCCUCCGACCUCCCCUGGCUCAUCGGCUCCCUCGGCCUCGGCAUCCCAGGAGCAUACUACCUGCUCGCAUCAGGCGGCAAGGCCGCCGCCUCGUCGCACGACACACCCGACACCCACAACCACGGCGAACCCAAGGGCAAGGCCUCGACCUCGGCGCCGAUCGAGAAAGAAGAGGUCGCGCCCGCCAAGGACUCCGCUCCUCAACCGGACCGCGACGCCGAACAGAAGACCGAGUCUUCUUCGUCCUCAUCGGGUGCAGCUACCCCCUCGACGGAUGGGAAGGCGCCUUCGGAGGCUGAUGAGGCGGCCACUCGCAAGGAAGCCGGCAAUGCGUCCACCAUGUCCGGCAAGCAGGAGGGUCUUUCCAACGCGACUACGGAUAACCCGUAUGUGAACGAGCCCGGCAAGAGUAUGAAGGGCGAGGGCGAGACGGAGUCGGCUAAGGUCAAGGGUACUGUGUCGCCUGAUCGUCCACAGCAGUAAACUCGGAUGUCUUCGUCUUUGGCGUUUUAAAGAGAAAAGACGGGGUGUUUGUUUUUCUCUCUGCUUGAUGCAAUUGUUUCAUGUAUAAGACCAUGAGUGCCAUGAAGGGGGUGGGCAGUUGGCCGGUAUAGCAACUUAACUGAUAUGAUCUCGCA